AUGCGGAUUACCGAGAUCGUUAUUGACGGUUUCAAAUCGUACGCCGUGCGUACGGUCAUCGGAGGAUGGGAUGAAUCAUUCAACUCGAUCACUGGCCUUAACGGCAGUGGAAAAUCCAACAUUCUCGACGCCAUCUGUUUUGUUCUCGGAAUUACGAACAUGAGCACCGUUCGUGCUCAGAACCUUCAGGAUCUCAUUUACAAGCGUGGCCAAGCGGGCGUCACCAAAGCCAGUGUGACCAUCGUUUUCGACAACCGUGAUACAGCCAAAUCGCCGAUCGGUUUCGAGGAAUAUGCAACCAUCUCCGUCACUCGCCAGAUUGUUCUCGGCGGCACAAGCAAAUACCUGAUCAACGGCCACCGGGCGCAGCAGCAGACCGUGCAAAACCUAUUCCAGAGUGUCCAACUGAACAUCAACAACCCCAACUUCUUGAUUAUGCAGGGUCGGAUUACCAAGGUCUUGAACAUGAAAGCUGUCGAAAUUUUGUCCAUGAUCGAGGAAGCUGCAGGUACGCGAAUGUUCGAGGAUCGAAGGGAAAAAGCUGUCAAGACAAUGGGGAAGAAGGAGUUGAAACUGCGUGAGAUCGAGGAGCUGCUGAAGGAAGAAAUUGAGCCCAAGCUCGAGAAACUGAGGUCGGAGAAGCGUGCAUUUCUUGAUUUCCAGCAGACUCAGAAUGAUCUCGAGCGUUUGACGCGCUUGGUGGUUGCCCACGACUAUCUUCGGAGUGGUGAGCGACUACGGGUGACCGGCGAGGAGUGUGAGAACAAGAGACGCAAAGUGCAGGCCCUCGAGGACAAUGCGACCAAGCUGAAGAGCGAGAUCGCUCAUCUGGAGGAAGAUGUGAAGCGGGUCCGUGCUGCGCGGGACAAGGAACUGCGGAAGGGAGGCAAAUUCCAGGCUCUUGAAGAUGAGGUCAAGAACCACUCCCAUGAACUUGUUCGUUUGACAACGGUCUUCGAUUUGAAGAAGGCUAGCAUUGCCGAAGAGAAGGAGAAGCACAAAGAAGUGCAGAAGACCGUGCACGACUUGGAAAAACUUCUCAAGGAAAAGAAGAAGAUCUACGAUAAGCUGCAAGCACAGUACGAUGCCGCUAAGGCUGAACUUGACGCUCAGACGGCCGAAGUGGAGCAGAAAGAGGAACUGCUGCAGACUCUGCAGACCGGUGUUGCGUCAAAAGAGGGCCAAGAGAGCGGAUACCAAGGCCAGCUGCAGGAUGCUCGUAACCGUGCCAGUACGGCGGCCACGGAGCAGGAACAAGCCAAACUUAAGAUCGCCCACCUCGAAAAGAGAAUCAAAGAAGAGGAACCCCGCGCAAAGAAAGCGAAAGAGCAGAACUCAGGACUCUUGAAGGAUCUGGAAGGAUUGAAAUCCCAAGCCAAGAAGCUUGAAUCGGAGCUUACGAGGCUCGGUUUUGAACCCGGAAGAGAGGACCAGCUCUACCAGGAACAAACAAGCCUGCAGAAGGAGAUCCGUGAGUUGCGCCAGAGGGCCGACGCACUUCAGCGGAAGGUAGCGAACAUCGACUUUAACUACUCCGAUCCCUACCCGAACUUUGAUCGGUCGAAGGUCAAGGGCCUAGUCGCGCAGCUUUUCACAUUGGACAAGGAGAAGCUCGAAGCCGCAACCGCGCUCGAAAUUUGUGCUGGUGGGCGGCUGUAUAACGUGGUGGUUGACACUGCGGAAACCGGUACCCAACUGCUUCAGAAGGGAAAACUACGAAAGCGAGUGACGAUCAUCCCCUUAAACAAAAUUUCGUCCUUCAGAGCCUCUGCAGAGAAGAUUGGCGCGGCGCAGAAGAUUGCCCCUGGAAAGGUUGACCUGGCUUUGUCCCUCAUUGGUUACGACGACGAAGUUACGGCGGCAAUGAACUAUGUGUUCGGCAACACCCUCAUUUGCAAUGAUGCAGACACCGCCAAGAGGGUCACCUUCGACCCAUCGGUUCGGAUCAAGAGCGUCACGCUUGAUGGAGAUGUCUACGACCCUUCCGGCACUCUGUCCGGUGGUAGCUCGCCGAACUCUAGUGGGGUGCUUGUGACUCUGCAGAAGCUGAAUGAGAUCACUCGGGAAAUCAGGAGUAAGGAGCGGGUCCUGGCAUCCAUUGAGGAGACUAUGAGAAAGGAGAAGAAGAAACUCGAUGCGGUCCGUUCGAUCAAGCAGGAGCUGGAUCUGAAGACCCACGAGAUCAAACUCACCGAGGAGCAGAUUAGCGGUAACUCAUCCUCCUCGAUCAUCCAAGCUGUGGAAGAGAUGAAAGCGAACAUCGAACAGCUCAAGCAAGACAUUUCUGACGCAAAAGCGCGCCAGAGCGAAGCAUCCAAGGAUAUCAAGCGGAUCGAGAAGGAUAUGAGUGAAUUUAACGAUAACAAGGAUAGCAAGCUCGCGGAACUGCAGUCGUCUUUGGACUCCCUCAAGAAGAGUCUUACCAAAAAUUCGAACUCGGUCAAGACUCUUCAGAAAGAGCUGCAGAAUUCUCGACUUGAAUCUGAGCAAGUUGGCAGCGACCUGUCGGCUGCGGAGGAACAGAACGCUGAGGCCGAGAGCACUUUGAAAGCCCAGAUGGAGGAAAUCGAAUCCUUGAAAAGGGAGCAAGCUCGCAUCAAGGAUGCCCACGACAUCUCUCAGGCGCAUCUUGAAGAUGAACGAGCCAAACUGACUGGUUUUGAUGACGAGCUGCGAGAGCUUGAGGAGACUAUGAAAUCCAAGAACUCUCAAAUCACCGAAGAGGGCCUUGAGAUGCAGAAGCUGGGCCACCAGCUUGAGAAGCUGCAAAAAGAACAACAUGCCGCCGCGCAGACGGUUGCGCAUAUGGAGGAGGAGCAUGAAUGGAUCGCUGACGAGAAGGACAACUUUGGCCGGCCCAAUACUGCGUAUGACUUCAAGAAUCAGAAUAUCGCAGAAUGCCGGGCUACGCUGCGCAACGUUACCGAGCGAUUCCAGGGCAUGAAGAAGAAGAUCAACCCCAAGGUCAUGAACAUGAUCGACAGCGUGGAGAAGAAGGAGGCCGCCUUGAAGAACAUGAUGAAGACGGUCAUCCGCGACAAGCGCAAGAUUGAAGAAACCAUCAUCAACCUGAACGAGUACAAGAAAGAGGCGCUGCACAAGACAUGGACAAAGGUCAAUGCCGACUUUGGACAGAUCUUUGCUGAGCUUCUUCCGGGCAGCUUUGCCAAGUUGGAUCCUCCCGAGGGUAAGGAUAUUACCGACGGAUUGGAAGUGAAGGUGUCUCUAGGCAAGGUCUGGAAGCAGAGCUUGACAGAAUUGAGUGGUGGUCAGCGAUCACUCAUCGCGCUGUCAUUGAUCAUGGCGCUUCUGCAAUUCAAACCAGCGCCCAUGUACAUUCUGGAUGAGGUUGAUGCGGCGUUGGACUUGUCGCAUACACAGAACAUUGGGCGGCUGAUCAAGACUCGCUUCAAGGGGUCCCAGUUCAUCAUUGUUUCUUUGAAAGACGGCAUGUUCCAGAACGCCAACCGCAUCUUCCGUACCCGAUUCAGUGAAGGAACGAGUGUGGUCCAAGCCUUGACUCCGGCUGAUAUGAAAUAA